AGCUGCAUUGAACAGAAGAUCCGUCUGCUGUACAAAGUGGAAGAUGGACAGAACAGCCACUGUGACCAUCGUCAUCCUCCUUCUGUGUGCCAUUGCUGCACAGGGUGUUCCGAUCCCAGGAGCACAAGGACGGUGCCAUUGCAUUCGAACCAGCUUUGAUAUUAUUCAUCCGACGUCCAUCAGGAGCUUGAAAUACAUUCCCAAAGGAUCCCACUGUGACAGAGCAGAGAUAAUUGUCACCCUGAAAAAUGAGACGAAAGUGUGUGUGGAUCCUGAUGCCAGGUGGUUGCAGGCUCUCAUAACAGCCAUGAAAGGUGGGAAACAACACAAAUCAAAAAACUGAAGCUGCAAACUGAGCGAAUGAAUUCCAUCUCUAGAUUAUCCGAUGGGGAAAGAUGGAAGCUCAGCCCUGGGUGUUGACUCUGUGAUAUCACCAUCCAGUAUUAGCUAUCGGGUUGGGAGAUGAUGUUGGUAUUAAACUAAGAUGGUGGAUGAAUCUCCAUGACUACAGAGUUAAAAUGAUCUCAGUCCGCAAGAAAAGCCAGUGAUGGGUGGUGGACUGUGCUCUCUGCCAUUCCUGAAAUUAAAGCAGGUGGACACAUCGGAUUGUUUACAACAAUUCCCGCUCCUACCUUCCCCUUUCCUGCUUAAAUCGUUCGGAAAUGGUGAUAUACUGAUGGCAGUACAUUGGACCAAAAGUGUUCUAAUUUGAAUGAAACAUUCUUCUAUAGAAAUAACAGUAAAAAUGUCUGAAAUCACCUUGUGCCUUUUUACUGCAAGUUUUUGACAGUUGAUAUUAUCAUGAAAAUAUGGUGUUUUUUUGUAAAGCGUCAGAUUUUAGAAUCUAUCUAGAAUCUGUUGAAGUAAACUCUCCACUGAUGCAAUUUUUCUGUAAAAUAUCUGCAUUUUAGAAGAUAGUGCUGCUAAUAGUCUAAUAAUCACUGGAUGAAAUAAAAGUUUUAAGUAAGAAUAAACUUUAUAUGUGGAUGGAAAUAUUUUGUCUUGAGGGAACUUUUACUGACUGGAUUCAGUUUAUUAUCCA